GUUAGGACUCAUUACAGGCGAAAAUGUGGUCCAAACCCAUUAUUUCAAUUUAAAACACUCAACUAUCAAAAUUAUCGGUGCAAGGGUUUGAGCAAAAAUUGAAUUGCUUAAGAAGGUGGCUUACAUUCAGCAAAAAAUAAUGAGUGGAUUUAAAAUUGAUUAGCCUACUUACGUGACCUUUUAUUCCCGAUCGGCCAAGUUCACAAUGAGCGAUGAUUUAUUUCAAUGGCCUUUGUGAUCGCAUAACACACCUGUUUGAUAUCAGUUUAAGGUAUAUUACCUAGUUAUCUACCUACGAGUAUGUGUUUUGUCUGCUUGAAUGGGAAAAUUUUUAUAGUUUAUUCUCCAACUGCCGUAUUUUAAUGUAUUUCUUGUCAUUGAAGCUUAGGUAAAUAAAGUUAUUUAAGCACCAGACUUAUCGCAAGUUCUAAGGUAGGUAUCUACCAGAGCUUUAUUAGGUAUUUGUUUUAUUUUCUAUGUAUCAGAAUGGUUUCUUGACCAAAAUAAAAGUAAAAAAAAUUGGCAAAAAAAAAGGAUGAUAAAAACAUUUACUUAGUGCAUACUUAUCGUUCAAGCGUUUUGUUAUUUUAAUUUCAACCAUGCCGAAGAAAAGUUCUCAAUUUGUAAAAUGUAUAACCGUCGAACCAGCAUUUUGUCUCUACACUCUUGUUUUCGUCAUAGUCGACACCACCUACACCAAUUUACUGCUGCAAAAAGCAUGUCGAUUGAACUGCACAUCAGAACCUGACCUGAGCACACCUUGCGACGAUGAAAAAAGAGGUAUCAUUCUGGCAUCAGAAUUCAAUUCAUUUUACCGUUUGGGGAUGUUCUUCCUAUGCACCAUUUAUUCAAUGCUGGCGUUAAGCUGGAGUGAUUCAGCUGGUCGUCGUCGAAGAUCUUUGUUCUUAUUGCCCAUUGUCGGAUUGAUUUUCCAGUCACUUUUGGGAUGUUUGCACUCUUACUUUUGGACUUGGUUACCACUUACCGGUGGUUUAAUGAAUAUUGCGUUUGAAGUGAUGACCGGAGGAAUAGUGGUGAUGACGGCGACAAGUAAUACUUACAUUUGCGAUGUGACUAAUUUGAAAAAUCGCACUAUGAGAUUGGGAUUUUUAUCGGCUGCUAGAACAUUCGGCGAUUUAGUUGGUUUCGGAAGUUCCGGAUUUAUUCUUCGAAGUUUGGGAUUUUUUAACACUUUCCUUUUAUGUGCGCUGUUAUCGUCGGUUUGUUUAGUGUUGGCUUUGAUGUUCGUCAACGAUAUAUCGGUGCCAGUGGAUAAGAAACCGCAUUUUUGUCAGAUGUUCAAUUUAAUACGAAUAUUAGUGGAAAACACGAAAGUGGUGUAUAAGAAAAGUCUCGGACAAAGAAGAGUCGUAGUGUCGACGUUAUUCGUUAUCUAUAUGUUGUUGUUUUUCACUUCUCAAGGCGAAGGCAGUGUUCAGUAUUUGUUCCUUCGGUAUAAAUUUCAUUGGGAUGAACGUGACUACAGCUCUUACGUGAUUUAUAAAUAUAUUGGAGUAAUUAUAGGAAAUAUAUUUUGUUCGGCAAUUUUGAGUAAAAUGUUAGAAGUGCAUGAUGGAUUAAUCGGCGUAUUCGCUGGAUCAUGGGAUCUGUUGGCUGCUCUUGGAUACCUUUUAGCAAGCCAAAAUUGGCAUCUGUAUAUUAUUCCUAUAUUUGACAUAUUUCAUGGCGCUGCUUUAACCACAAGUACUGCUUUUUAUACCAAAUAUUACACCAGUGAUGAAUAUGGACGAUUAAAUUCUUUUCUCGGGAUAUUUGGAUUGAUGAUUCCUAUAUGUUAUCCAACUUACCAUGAAAUUUUUCAGCGAACAUUGGAUACCUUUCCUUCGGCGUGUUUCAUCUUAAGUAUUAUAUUGGAUGUUUUCGUUAUUAUAUUGUAUUGUUAUUCUUACUUCCUUAGUAGAAAAUUACCAUAUCAGAAGCCAAAGGAGAAAGAAGAGGUUCUAAUGAUGGCGCCAUUAUAACGUCCAUGCAGUGAUGUAAUUCUAGCUGUGGGUAGAGAUGAUGAGUGAUUCCUCAACUCAUAUACUCAGGAGUGCGGAAGAAUAAAUUACCCAAUUCUGAAACCUGAAAGAACAAUUAGUACAAUGCACAAGAUCAAAAUGUAUUUUUUUCUGUAGUCUACUCUGCUGAAAAUUAGCAACACUUUAUUAAGUAUUUAAUUUAGUAUCCAAUAGGUAGAUUUUCUUGUGACCUUAAUUUCUCUUAAAAUUAUGUAGAGUAUUUCUUGUCGAUAUGGGAAGUAAUUUUACCUAAUAUCAACGUAACACUUAUUAUGAUACAGAUUGGAAAAGAAAAAAAAGAAAAACAAUAAUAAAGAGAAUUACCUAUUA